GAUCGGGAAGGAUCACUGAACUUUCCGAAAGACGUAGUUGUAGACAAACGCCGCGCGCCGGGACUAUUACAUACCCGGUGGGAGAAUCUCUUUGUGCGUCGCAGCCGCGUUAAAAAGAAUUAUAUACGAAACAACAAAGAUACGAGCGGAUGAUGUCGCGGGGUUCGAAGGUCGGUAAAAUUGACACGUGAGAAAGAAAACGCUUCUUUUUACUUUUCAAACUCGGACCGUGUCGAGUCUACGGCGAUGAAAAGAAAAAAUUGCGUAGCAGCCAGAAGACACAUGCGCAAACUCCCGCGCGCCGUCGUCCCUUUGUGUUAUUUUCGGAUAGCGAAUCACGUCGACUUCGUCGGAGACUUUAAAUAGGACCGGGCUGUUCGACGAAGAAGAUAGUACGUGACAUCGUUCCUACAUGCUGGAGCAUCGCACAGUUUUUCAAGUGAGUAAACAAGGAAAUGUCAAAUUCAACAUGCGGAUGUAUUCAUCAUCGACAUCGUCGUCGUCGUCAUCAUCAGUUUUGCGUGAUCAAAUAAUCUGCCAAACAGAAAGAAGAUAUUAGUGACAAGUUGUCUGACGGAUGUUCGCGCAGUACGAAUCUCUGUGGUGCGGUGAGAAAUUUUUGAUUAAUGCAAGAUCGAGAGAAAAGUUAUUGAGAAAUUUUUUCGUGUAUCACAAGGUCUUAAAAAGUUCUUUACUACUCGAAUUAAAUCAAAUUUUCCAUUUGAAUAUUAACAAAGGGAAAUUUAUUGUAAAGAAAAUAUAGAAUGGAAAUUACUGAGAAUGAUUAUAUCAAGAGAAUCAGAGAGAGUGAGUUAUAUUUCCUCUUUAAUGAUCUAACAAUUGUUUUAAACUACUAAGUGCCGACUGUUAUAAAUCACUCUAACUUUUUUACAUCAACAAGAAAAAAUUAAUAUUCUAAACCCUGCUUGUUUGACAGUUCCGCGGCAGAAUCUCAUCACCUUCGCGCGACAGGUGUCAAAUUUGUUCUCUGACGGUUAAUCCGAAACAUCUUAUUUCCGCUUUGCCAUUGUGUUUCGCCAAUUGCGCAAUGUUAUCGAGAUCUUGCAUUAAUCCGGUAACUAAAUAUUUAUGACGCACAGCUAUAAAGCAACAGAAAAUUGGCAUUGAAUAUUGACUUUUCUGCGCCGUUACGCCAACCAAUCCGAUCGAUCUGAAUCUUACGUAGUUUCUAGAUUUCUUGAUGGUGAAAUAGAAUGAUCUAUACACGCUUUUACUAAUUAAUAGUUCGAGAAUUUUUUUAUAGAAAAAAAUAAUACUGAGUAGAAUGGUUUUCAUGUUGAUUAACACACUUAAUCUGCGGGUCAUGGAAUAUUCUGUUCUCUGCGACCUAUGCGUUAUCUGCGGCUCACGGAAUUUUCCGUUCUCUGCGACCUUUGUUGAAAAUUUGAUAAUUUAUAAAUAUUUUAUUGAAAAACACUAUAUUAACUUUCUUCUAAGCGCGAAAAGCUUCGCCCACGCGUUACGCAAAAGUCGCGCCCACAACCAACCCGCAGAUCAAGUGUUAAUGGAGCAAUUUUUAAAUUUGUUAAAAUAUAUUAAAUUAAACAAUGUUGUCAUAAAUCUGCAUUUAGAUUGAUUUUGUCAAGUUCUGAAGAAAAAAAAAGAACAUAAAGUUAAAGGAGUUCUUCGCAUUGAAUUCCUAAAUUAUUGUGCAACAAAGACAUUUGCUGAGAGGAUGCUGAGUGCGUAAGACAGAUGCACCCGGUAUCUCGUGCGUUGUAUUCGCGGAGGAGACGCAGACUGCGUGAUUUCCCGAUCGACGAUGAUGCCACGUGACUUCCGGCAUCAUCGCCAAAAUUGCGCCGUCCUCUUGGCAAGGUUUCUAAAAGCUCGUGACGCGCGUGUCAGUGAAGUUCCCGGGGCGGGAGCAGAUGAUCGCGUUGCUCGUUCAUCGUCAGCCAAAUCGCGCGAAGCGAUCGUCGCAGAGUUAUCACCGUUGGAGGAAAAUCUUUACGAGCGCGUUUGACGAAGACGCACUGUCAACUAUGUCCGGAAUCGGGAAUCGAGAUUUCUCAGGUUUUCACGCUCGUCGUUUAAGGCACAUACGGGACGAAAUCAGACUCGAAAUUAAAUUUAAAAUGCCGACCGAGUGCAUCGCCAACCCGUUGCAGCGGGAGCUGGCCGACGCGAUAAUACGGUUGCAGCCGCUCGACGAGAUCCGCAUCCUGCUUGCGUGCGGCGCCAAACCCAACGAGCCGGUUACCCAGGGCCUCAGGCCCCUGCACUACGCCGUCUGGCAGCGUUACACCGAGGCCGCGCAACUGUUGCUGGUGCGCGGCGCCGACAUCGACGCCACCGACGAGUGCGGCUACUCGGCGCUCCAUCUCGCCGCCGAACACGGCUAUUUGGACCUGGUGAAACUGCUGCUUAAGUAUGGCGCCAAGGUGGACCAUCGACAGGACACGGGAGAACUGUUUCCCAGAACCAUGUUGUGCGACGAGCCGCUGCGUCUGGCUUUACGGAACCGUCACGUGGAUGUUGCAAGAACUUUGCUCGAGGCCGGUGCCAAUCCAAACAAGAGAUAUUUCUUCGGCUCUGAGAUUAAUCUGGUGUCUCCCUUAGAUAUGGAGUGCAUGGAGCUGCUGUUGGCCUUUGGUGCUCAGCCGAACACACGUGAUCGCGCCGGGUUAACGCCUCUCAUGAAGGCUGCUAGACUGCCACAGGGUAUAGCUUCGGUGCUUUUGUUGCUGAGCUACGGCGCGGACGUGAACUCGAUGGCGGACGCCAGGCACGAUUAUCGGACGGUGUUGCAUUACGCGAUCCUUGGUGGCGAUCCAGCGGUGAUCAAUCUGCUGUUAAAACAGGGCGCCCGAUUGGAUCUCGGGCCCGACUACCAGAAACCAACGGCCUUGGACUUGGCCAUUCUCAAGGGAGACCCGUCGAUCGUCGAGAUGCUGCUCGUGUCAGGUGCAGACGUGAACGCUACGUCGCCGAUUAUCGGCUCGCCGUUGCAUGUGGCGUGCGCGGACAACAUUCCGAAUCGGCUGGAGAUCCUGCGCAUGUUGUUGGAACGCGGAGCCGAUCCGAAUCUGGUGAUACGCAGCGACGACGGGCCGGCGUUGCGACCGGUCCUCGCCGAGUACGUGGCCUCGAACGAGAAUCCGGCGGUGGAGGUGGUUGCCUUGCUGCUGAAGUACGGAGCGCGAGUGGUGAUCAAGACGCAGUUUCGCGAUCCGCACGGGAUCCUCAAUUCCUUGCAGAACACGGCGGACAAACCGCGGCUGUUGCGCGCGCUGCUGGAGGCCGCCGAGAGCUUCGACCCCUGCAUGAUACGACGGUCCAGCAGUCUGACGGACGCGCAGAAGGCGCUGGUGAUGGAGGCCGCGAGAACCCCGUUGCCGUUGACGCAUCAGGCGAGGCUGAUAGUCCGCAGGCUCUGCGGCACUCGGCUGCCGAAGAUCGUCAAGAAGCUGCAGCUCCCGCAGUCGUUACAUCGUUAUCUCCUCUACGAUUUUUAUUAGCGAAAUAUUCGCUCGACGAGAAAAACGUUAUAUAUGCUCGUCUUUCCUGUAUAUUUUUGGUGAAAAUUGCAAAGAUCUUAUAUUCCAUUUGCUUAGGCCGACGCUUGGGAAUACAAAACUGCAAACUCCGAGAUACAAACAAGUAUUGAAAAAAAAUCUUGUAGUUUUUUUUUAUUUUGAAGAGGAUUUAUUAAUGUUGCGCGCGCAAAAUAUAUUUUUUGCAAUUAUACAACUUGAACCUGAACGUCAAGAACGUUUGUUAAUCUCAUCUUACUUUGUAUCUUGAAGUUUUGGUUUGGUAUCAAAUUUGUAUACUCGGCGUAAAGGAAACACUGUGAGAGUCACGUCGUCCUCCAUGUGCUACUCGAUGAGUACAAUGACAAGGCUGUUUGAGGCGCCACCCUCUUAUAUAUAUUUCUACUUAGUAUUCUACUUUUUACACGCGUAAGGGCGAACAACGUGAUUUGUAACCGCCUGCGUGAACACGAGAAAUGUAUAUUUUACCUACUUGCUAUACUCGUAUUUUAGUCGCCAAAUUUACACAUUUUGUAUUUCCUCUUUUUCCGCGCGCGUGUGCGGAAGAAAGCUCGUUCGCGACAGAAGACGAACCUCGUCCGUUUGCUCAAACGUCCGAACGUGGACGUAGCGGCGACAAUUUUUUUUUUUGCGCUUAAUGCAAAAAAAAAAAAAAAACAAAAACGGACACGUUUGAAAAUUUCGAGUUUACGACUUUAAAGCUUCUGUCGUCGAUCGAUCGAACAUCCAGGUUUCUUCCAGCUACGGAGCGCGAAGUGAUUUUGACUUUUGUACCUUUGUACAUAUAUACACAACGCGAUAUAUACGCUCAAUGUACAGUGUAAGGAAAAUAAAGAAGAUUCAAAUUA